AUGGCGAGAGCUUUUCAAGAUGCCAUCAAGUUCGAGCCCUUGCCGGACAUAUCCGAGGAUGAGGCCGAUCGGGCCGUAUUGGUGCUGGAAUUAGAGCAAUACCAAACAGAGUUGGACGAGGGCAAGUGUGAUGAUGGCAGAAAGCAGUGGUUGAAGGAGGAAAUAAAGGAAGUGAAGAAGUUACUUAACGAAAUGAAGAAAUAG